CCUAUACAUCAUUAUAAGUACUAUACUAAUGCAACAUUUCACCUUAUUUUAUUUUUUUUAAUUUCUACAUAAUUAUUUUCAUUAAUUAUUACCCACAAAUUGUUAUGGAGGUUUGCAAGAAAGUACAAGAAGAUGAACAGAAAACAAUGGUUUAUGAUAAUAAUAUUAAUCAAGAUGUUGAUCAUGGAGUCGUUGAUGAAGACGAAGGACCGCUUCCUGGAUUCCGGUUUCAUCCAACAGAUGAAGAGUUAGUGUCUUUUUACUUAAAGAGGAAAGUUGAGAAAAAAAGACCUCUUAGUAUUGAGAUUAUUAAGGAAAAUGAUAUUUACAAGCAUGACCCUUGGGAUCUUGCAAAAGCAAGCAGCAGUAUAGGAGAUAAGGAAUGGUAUUUCUACUGCAAAAGAGGAAGAAAAUACAGGAACAGUAUAAGACCCAACAGAGUAACCGGAUCCGGAUUUUGGAAAGCAACGGGUAUUGAUAGACCCGUUUACUCCAAUGGUGGAGAAGGUCCUCAUACCAUUUGUAUUGGGUUGAAGAAAUCACUGGUUUAUUACCGUGGAAGUGCAGGAAAAGGAACUAAAACUGAUUGGAUGAUGCAUGAAUUUCGUCUUCCUUCUAAUGCAUCCCAAUCACAUCAUCAUCAUCAUGGUCAUGAUCAUGCAAAUAAUAUUUCAAGUAACCCUAAAAACACUGCCCUAGAAGAAGCUGAAAUAUGGACACUUUGCAGAAUAUUCAAGCGAAACAAAAGACAAACCCCAGAUUGGAAAGAAUUAUCAAGCAGGAAAAACCAAAGCAGUACAGUCCUUAAUUCAACCUCAAAUACAAGCAGCAUUGAUUCUAACACUAAUCAAGAAUGUUAUAUCAGCUUUGCUUCUCAACAAUUAACACCCACUAAUAAUAAUAAUAAUAAUAAUAAUAAUAAUAAUAAUAAUAAUAAUAAUAAUAAUAAUAAUCCCUAUAUAAAUUUAGGUAGCCACAACAUUAGUAAUAAUACAAUUGAUAUGCAUCAACAACAACAAUAUUGGAAUAAUAAUCCUUCACUUCAUACAAUGUCAAGACCAACAAUGUUAAAUCCUCAGUUUCUAACAAAUGAUGAAUAUGAUAUGCAUCACAAUCUUCCAUGUUAUGGACAUACUUGGGAUGAUCUUAGUUCGGUUGUUGAAUUCGUGUUUAAAACGCCGCUUUUGUGAGAAUUAUCGAAUUUUGUUUCAGUUGAAGCUUGCAUGUGUCUGUUUUUCUUGAAGAAUGUGGGUUUGAUUCUCACUGCUUUUUGUAAAUGUAUAUGUAUUAUAUGUAGUAAGUAGCAAUUUUAUAAAUAACUUUAGCUAGGUUUUAUGUUAGGAUAGCUAAGUUAGAUAUUAUGUAUGUAGUAUAAUUUUGGGGUGAUUUUUUUUGUAAUUUUCUCUUAGGGAGGAAGUUAUUGUACUGAUGAACAACUUACAGUUGUACUGACAAGUAAUAUUAUAUAUAUGUCCAAAUAUUACUUUUGGAGUAUAUCAUAUUAUUUAUUUUUUGGAUUAUAGGGUAAACUCAGGGUUGGAGAGGGUUAGGUGAGAAUUGAUUUCAAAUCUAGCCGAAAGAAAAUAGUACUUACUCAACUGAUGCAAGUUUUUAUUCUCUACAAUUAGAUUAAGAUAUAAAUUAGGGCAUUGAAUAAAAUACGUAAGAAAAUGAGAUACUUUAAAAGAAAUGGUGAGAGUAUAUAUGCUAAAAAAUUGAAUAAUUACAUUGAAGUAGUUGUAUCAAGAACCACCUAGUGACUUUGAUUACUUCAUUGCUCACACAAAGGCAUACACACUAGAGGGUAGUGUUGGAGUGUGCAUUGGGAGGUGAACAAUUGAGGUUUGGAUCCUUCAAUACAACAUCUACACACAUAAUAGCA